AUGCGUUCUCCGCAAUGGGCGAUUUUCGGACUGGGCGUCGUCUCGGGCGUGAAAGCGAUGACACCCGAGCAGUUGAUUGCUGCUCCGCGACGAGGUGAUGCUCUUCCAGACCCAUCAGGAAAAUGGGCCGUGUUCUCGACGUCCGAGUACUCCUGGGCAGAGCAUCAAACGUCCUCGGCGUGGAAUAUGAUGGACCUAAGUACACGUAAAAUCAGCGUGCUCACCAAUGAUAGCAGUGUUUCCGAGGUGACCUGGAUGGGCACUGAUGAGUCGACUUUGCUGUACAUAAAUGGUACCAAUGCCGAGAUUCCCGGAGGUGUGGAGCUUUGGAUUGCGGACGUGAAUAGCUUCGAAAAGUCCCGAUACAAGGCAGCAUCUUUACCGGCCCCGUUCUCGGGUCUCAAAACAGCCAAGACCGCGGAAGGGGACUAUAAGUUCCUCGUUUACGCCGAGUCUUAUCCUAACGGGACCGCGUACAAUGCAGAGCUCGCUACUGCUCCUCUGAGUACUGCUCGCAUCUACGAUAGCAUCUAUGUGCGUCAUUGGGACUCCUGGUUGACAACUAGAUUCAAUGCGAUCUUCUCUGGCUCUUUGAAGAAAAAGGGUGACCGAUGGGCGCUGUGUUCUGACGGCCACGCGGAGCCUCUCAAGAACCUCAUCGCUGGUGUCAAGAACCUCGAGACACCGUACCCUCCUUUUGGCGAUUCCUCUGAUUACGACCUGUCGAGUGACGGUAAAAUGGUGGCUUUCAAGAGCAAGGCACCAGAGCUUCCUCGGGCGAAUUAUACCGCUUCUUACAUCUACCUGGUCCCUCACGAUGGUUCGCAGAAGCCAAAGGCAAUCAACGGCCCAGAGAGCCCUGGCACUCCAAAUGAAAUCAAGGGCGACUCGAGUGCACCUACAUUUUCGCCAGAUGGGCGUCAUGUCGCCUAUCUGCAGAUGGAGCGUAUUUCCUAUGAAUCAGACCGCCGGAUUCUAUACGUACACGAGGUGGGUUCAAAUGAGACCAAUCGCGCAGUGGCCGGUGACUGGGAUCGCUCUCUAGAUUCGGUGCAGUGGACAUCCGAUGGAAAGACCUUUGUAGUGAAAUCCGAAGACAAAGCACGCUCGCGGUUGUUCACUCUCCCCAUCGACGCCGACGAUGAUUUCGUGCCGCACAACUUGACCGAUGGAGGUUCUGUCCGAAGCUAUCACCACCUGCCCAAUGGCGAUUAUCUGGUCACCAGUUCGGCGAUCUGGACUAGCUGGAGUGUUUCCACGGUGAGUCUCAAGAGCGGCGUUGUCUCAACAUUGGCCUCUGCCAAUGAGAUGGAUGCUGGUCUGAAGGGAUUGAGCCCUCGGGAUCUGGACGAGUUCUACUUCGAUGGAAACUGGACCAAGAUCCACGCCUGGAUGGUGUUCCCUGCCAAAUUUGAUAAAUCGAAGAAAUAUCCUCUGGCCUUCCUCAUUCAUGGUGGACCUCAGGGCUCAUGGGCGGAUUCUUGGAGCACUCGAUGGAAUCCUAAGGUUUGGGCCGACCAGGGCUACGUUGUCGUUGCACCCAAUCCCACCGGCAGCACUGGUUUCGGGCAAGCAUUGACCGAUGCCAUUGCCAACAAUUGGGGCAGCUAUCCUUAUGACGACCUCGUGAAAGCGUGGGAGUAUGUACGAGACCACUUCGACUUUAUCGACACCGACAACGGCGUUGCUGCAGGUGCCAGCUACGGUGGCUUUAUGAUCAAUUGGAUCCAGGGCAAUCCGCUGGGCCGUAAGUUCAAGGCUCUGGUCACACACGAUGGGACAUUCGUGGCGGACGCCAAGAUCUCCACGGAGGAGCUUUGGUUCAUGCAACAUGAGUUCAAUGGCACGUUCUGGGACAAUCACGAGAACUACCGUCGCUGGGACCCUUCUGCCCCGGAACACAUCAAGCAAUUCGGCACACCCACCUUGGUCAUUCACAAUGCCAAUGACUUCCGCUUGCCGGAGGCCGAGGGACUCAGUCUCUUCAACGUUCUUCAGGAGCGCGGUGUCCCUAGUCGAUUCCUGAGCUUCCCUGACGAGAAUCACUGGGUGACCAAGAAGGAGAACAGCUUGGUAUGGCACCAGCAAGUUCUUGGAUGGAUCAACAAGUACUCUGACGUUGGCAAGAGCAACCCUCAAGCUAUCAGCCUGAACGAUACUGUGAUUCCCGUCGUGGACUACAACCCUUGA